UAUAUAUAUCUUCAUUCAUUCCCCCUAUUAUUCUCUUCCUUCUUUCCAUUAUUAUCUUAAACCUUAGCUUAUUAAUGAGCUUCUUAUUAUUUCACUAACAAUAAUUCAAGCUUUAAUUUGAAGAAGAAAUUAUGGGUUCUGAGAAGAUUGUUAAGUCUAAUUUCACACAAACAUGCACUCGUUUUAGCCAGUUUUUGAAAGAGAGGAGGUCUUUUGGUCAUAUUGAUGCUUUUAAGACUCUUGCUUCGUCCGACCUUGAUGUCAAAGGAUCCGGAGCCAAAGAGGUACCAAAUGCUGCCACAAAUAAUGUAUUUCCAAAGAAUAUUGAAAAGGAGAAGAUGUCUUUGGAGCUCUUUCCUAUGAUGAAUUCAUUGACCGCUGCUAAUGGUGUUGAAAACUCUACCAAAAUAAUGGCUGAUUCCAGAGAUUCGCCCAUUUCAAAGGAGGAGCCUAAGAAUUCUACUAGUACACCAAGCAUGACCAUAUUUUAUGGUGGAAGAGUACUUGUUUUUAAUGAUUUGCCCGAGGACAAGGCUCAAGAAAUCGUGUCUCUAGCUAACAAUGGAAUGAUGGGUCCUCGAUCCCAAGCUCAGACUCAAGCUCAUAACGAAUCACAAACACCUCGUGCUAUCAACGAUGUGCUAGCACAAGAUGUGGUUACUCAAGGAGUGGGUAACUUGUCCGAUUUGCCUAUGGCAAGGAGAGUCUCCCUUCACCGGUUCAUGGAGAAGAGGAAGCACAGGGUCGCCGCUAGUGCACCUUACCAAAAAUUUGACUCAAUGAAAAGUUUGUAUGAUCAACAACAACUUGAGUUAAAGUUGUAGACUUCAAAAGUUUUGCUCAUUUAUCAUGUCUUAAUUAAGUAGUUAAUUAAAGACCAAGUUAUGUAUAAAAAUUUUAUUUCUUAGUUUGUCAUAUGCUGAUUUGAAGAAGUGAUUUAUACUCACUUCACACUCAUUAGCUAGGUACGUAGUAUAAUUUUCCAUAUUCCUUGAUCUAAAUAUUAUAUUUAUUCAUACUAUAUAUUCAUACUAUUUGAAGAA